AAAUGGAGAGCUCUGUAGUCACUAGCUCUGGGUUGAUAAGGCUCCACCGCUGCUCGCAGGGGUCUGUCUUUUCCGCUACUUGGACAAAGUGACAUUGCUUAAGCCUUUCCCGCCACCAGUCUGAUGCUUCUGCCAGAGGGAGAGGAAUAAAUAGAUGCUGCUGCCUCCGAAGGCUUAGAAGUUGGGAAAGAGCAGCCUGGGCGGCAGGGGCGGCGGCUGGAGCUCGGUAAAGCUCGUGGGACCUCAUUGGGGGAAUUUGAUCCAAGGAAGCGGUGAUUGCCGGGGGAGGAGAAACUCCCAGAUACUUGUGUCCACUUGCAGGGGGGGAGGCGGAGACGGCGGAGCGGGCCUCUCGGCGUCCACUGCGCGGCUGCACCCUGCCCCAUCCUGCCGGGAUCAUGGUCUGCGGCAGCCCGGGAGGGAUGCUGCUGCUGAGGGCCGGGCUGCUUGCCCUGGCUGCUCUCUGCCUACUCCGGGUGCCCGGGGCUCGGGCUGCAGCCUGUGAGCCCGUCCGCAUCCCCCUGUGCAAGUCCUUGCCCUGGAACAUGACCAAGAUGCCCAACCACCUGCACCACAGCACUCAGGCCAACGCCAUCCUGGCCAUCGAGCAGUUCGAAGGUCUGCUGGGCACCCACUGCAGCCCCGAUCUGCUCUUCUUCCUCUGUGCCAUGUACGCGCCCAUCUGCACCAUUGACUUCCAGCACGAGCCCAUCAAGCCCUGUAAGUCUGUGUGCGAGCGGGCCCGGCAGGGCUGCGAGCCCAUCCUCAUCAAGUACCGCCACUCGUGGCCGGAGAGCCUGGCCUGCGAGGAGCUGCCGGUGUACGACCGGGGCGUGUGCAUCUCUCCCGAGGCCAUCGUUACUGCGGACGGAACUGAUUUUCCUAUGGAUUCUAGUAACGGAAACUGUAGAGGGGCAAGCAGUGAGCGCUGUAAAUGUAAGCCUAUUAGAGCUACACAGAAGACUUAUUUCCGGAACAAUUACAACUAUGUCAUUCGGGCUAAAGUUAAAGAGAUAAAGACUAAGUGCCAUGAUGUGACUGCAGUAGUGGAAGUGAAGGAGAUUCUAAAGUCUUCUCUGGUAAACAUUCCACGGGAUACUGUUAACCUCUAUACCAGCUCUGGCUGCCUCUGCCCUCCACUUAAUGUUAAUGAGGAAUAUAUCAUCAUGGGCUAUGAAGAUGAGGAACGUUCCAGAUUACUCUUGGUGGAAGGCUCUAUAGCUGAGAAAUGGAAGGAUCGACUUGGUAAAAAAGUUAAGCGCUGGGAUAUGAAGCUUCGUCAUCUUGGACUCAGUAAAAGUGAUUCUAGCAAUAGUGAUUCCACUCAGAGUCAGAAGUCUGGCAGGAACUCGAACCCCCGGCAAGCACGCAACUAAAUCCCGAAAUACAAAAAGUAACAUCAGUGGACUUCCUAUUAAGACUUACUUGCAUUGCUGGACUAGCAAAGGAAAAUUGCACUAUUGCACAUCAUAUUCUAUUGUUUACUACAAAAAUCAUGUGGUAACUGAUUAUUACUUCUAUUUCUCUUUUGGUUUCUGCUUUUCCCUUCCCCCAACCCCUUUGUAAUGGUUUGGGGGCAGACUCUUAAAUAUAUUGUGAGUUUUCUAUUUCACUAAUCAUAAGAAAAACUGUUCUUUUGCAAUAAUAAUAAAUUAAACAUGCUGAUACCAGAGGCUCUUUGCUGGAGUCCCCAGAUGUUAAUUUACUUUCUGCACCCCACUUGGGAAUGCAAUAUUGGAUGCAAAGAGAGGUUUCUGGUAUACACAGAAAGCUAGAUAUGCCGUAAAACAUACUCUGCCGAUCUAAUUACAGCCUUAUUUUUGUAUGCCUUUUGGCCAUUCUCCUCCUGCUUAGGCUUCCAAAUGUUUAUAAAGGUAAAAUGGCAGUUUGAAAUCAAAUGUGACACAGGCAAAGCAAUCAAGCACCAGGAAGCGUUUAUGAGGAAACAACACACACAAGAUGAAUUAUUUUUGAGAUUGGCAAGAAGCAAAAUAAAUAGGAGCUUAAGAAAGAACAUUUUGCCUGAUUGAGAAGCACAACUGAAACCAGUAGCCGCUGGGGUGUUAAUGGUAGCAUUCUUCUUUUGGCAAUACAUUUGACUUGUUCAUGAAUAUAUUAAUCAGCAUUAGGGAAACGAAUUAUAACUAGACAUCUGCUGUUAUCACCAUAGUUUUGUUUAAUUUGCUUCCUUUUAAAUAAACCCAUUGGUGAAAGUCUUUA